AUGGUCGAUGGGGUCGAACUCUCGGCUUCCGUCGUGCGCUCCUACAGCGUCGCGCGCAACUUCGCUCCAUCGGAUGAAGACGUGGCGCCGAACGUACGGGUCACGUCGCUGGAUUUCCACCGCAACGGCGAGCGCUGCGUCACGAGCCGUAGCGACGGCGUCAUGUCGAUGAUCAACUGCCUGAGCGGCACAGUUGCAAAGACGAUCUUGACCAAGCGGUACGGCGUCGGCGUGGUGCGCUUCACCCACCAUCUUGACUGCGUGAUCUUCUCGUCGGCGAACACGGCCAAUGACAACCGGAUUCGAUACCAUUCGUUCUUUGACAACAAGUUCCUCCGGUACUAUACUGGGCACACGGACAGGGUCACGUCGCUCAUGCUUCAUCCCACUGCGGAUCAGUUCCUUUCUGCUGGAUUAGACGGCACGAUCCGUCUAUGGGACAUUCGCAGCUCUGACACUUCGGCUAUCAUCCGGACCGCUCACCUGCCAGUGUCGCACGUCUGCGCUGCGUAUGACCAAGAGGGUGUGGUAUUCGGUGUGUACACGGACGACCACUUGAUCCGCAUGUACGAUGCAAGAAACUACCAGGAGGGACCGUUCGCCAAGUUCUCACUCUACGACGCAUCUAUUUUGGCGGCGGUUGAGCCGUUCCUGGCUCAGUCGCAGGCUCCGAACUUGAACGCAAAGAAGAUUCACGCGCUCGACCUCAAAUUCAGUCCUGACGGCAACCAAUUGCUUGUUGCAACAAACCGCGGCGUGUUUCUCCAUCUGGACGCGUUCGAAGGCAAGCUGUUGCAUCUGUUCAAAGAGCAUGGGCUUGCCCAAAGUCAGCGCGACGACCCUGUACUCGGUUGCUGUUACUCGACUGACGGCGCAUAUGUAGUCACUGGAGCAGAGGAUGGGCAAGUGUUUUUCUAUGAAAGCUCGACCGGUCAGCUUGUGCACACGCUUCCUCAAGGACAUAAUGGUCCGGUCGUAGACUUGCAGUGGAAUCCAAAGCGCCACCUUCUGGCUAGUGCUGGCGGCAACUCCACGGUAUUGUGGUCAGCUGAAGGGAUCUGA